AAACUCGACAUUUUCUCUGAGGCCUUGGGGGCAGAAACCAAGGGAAACACGACAAUUCAGAUUUGUCACCAUCCCGCCCGUCCCAUCCAUCUCUGACUAGUGACUACAUAAUCCACCCAUGACAGUCUCUUGUCUCUUCGACUCUUCGUCUUCCCCUUGCAAGGCUAAGCCUCCUAGUAGUAGCAAGUAGCAAUGGCUAGAGUGCCUCUUCUCGUCGCGCUGUGCCUCGUGUGCUUUGCCAGUGGCGCCAGUGCAGCGGGGAGGAAGAUGGUGGGCGUGUAUGAGCUCAGGAAGGGAGAUUUCUCCGUCAAGGUCACCAACUGGGGCGCCACCGUCACGUCCGUCGUCUUUCCUGAUUCCAAAGGGAAUUUGGGUGAUGUUGUCCUUGGCUAUGACACCAUUGCUGAAUAUGUGAAUGGAUCUAGUUACUUUGGAGCGCUUGUCGGACGAGUAGCCAACAGAGUUGCCAAGGCACGCUUCGUGCUUGAUGGAAAAGUCUACAACCUGUACGCCAACGACGGCAAGAACGCACUUCACGGUGGCCAUAGGGGUUUCAGUAAAGUUAUAUGGACGGUGAAGGAAUAUGUUGCUGGCGGUGACUCCCCACACAUCACACUAUACUACCAUAGUUUUGACGGAGAACAAGGGUUCCCCGGUGACCUGGACGUGUACGUGACGUACGAGCUGUCGAGCCCGUACGUGCUGCGCGUGCGCAUGAACGCGACGGCGCUGGACAAGGCCACCCCGGUGAACCUGGCGCAGCACACGUACUGGAACCUGGGCGGGCAAGGAAGCGGCCGCGACGUGCUGGGCCACACGGUCCAGCUCUUCGCGGCCCAUUACACGCCCGUGGACGGCACGCUGAUCCCGACGGGGCAGCUGGCUCCCGUGGCCGGCACGCCCUACGACCUCCGGACGCCGACCGCCGUGGGCGCGCGCGUCCGGCAGGUGUCCGGCGGCAGCAGCAACGGCAGCGCCGUCUACGGCUUCGACAUCAACUACGCCGUGGACGGGGAGGACGCGCGCGCGCUGAGGAAGGUGGCCGUGGUGCGGGACGGCGCGUCCGGGCGGGCGAUGGAGCUGUGGGCGGACCAGCCUGGGGUGCAGUUCUACACCGGCAAUUUUCUCAAGGACGUCAAAGGGAAAGGCGGGGCGGUUUACGGGCAGUACGGCGCGCUGUGCCUCGAGACGCAGGGGUUCCCCGACGCCGUCAACCAGCCGGGCUUCCCGUCGCAGAUUGUAAGGCCGGGGCAGGCCGCGUACAAGCAUGACAUGGUUUUCAAGUUCUCCUUCUAGCUGGUUGUUAGUAAUGGUCAUUACAACGUACUACUCCACUAGUUUAGGCAAAUUUAGUGAAAUGGUCUCCCCUGCGAGUUCUUUCUGAAGUUUUUAGUGUGGCAGGAGCAGCAAUAAUCUCGUGUUCGAGAUCAAUUUGCUUAGAGAAAUAAUGGAAAACAGUUUUUUGGGUGCCAUCGCUGCUUUUGAGUAUUUGAGCCUGGCUGUUCGCAGGGCCUCAGCUCGGCCACAGUCACUUGCGGUUGAA